AGCCUUAUAGGGAGGCGACGCUGGCGCUAUGUAGAGGUACACAAUCAGUCACGCAGUCAUUGACACCAACCAGACAUAACAGUGUUUAUCAAGCACACAACAAGAUGGACGGGAAACAAACAACGGGUGUAUACACGAUGGAAGGCAAAGUCUUGGUGCCGGAUCUCUCUGGUCAGACGAUCGUCCAUGAGAAGGACCGCCAGGGACGGUCAGUCAUGUACCAGAUGUUUGAAGGACUGCGAUUGAGCAACUACUUUCCUCUUAGCUGCUUGAAGGGAAUCCGAACCUUACAGCUUAGACCGGACGAUAUCUAUCUCCCUGGCUAUCUCAGGACAGGCAAUCACUGGACGUGGGAGAUGACUAACAUGCUGCUGCAAGGCAAAGCAGAAACUAUCCCAAGGUUUAAGGACCAUCUAGGACUGAUACCUGAAGAAGAAGUGAUCAAACUGCCAUCGCCUCGCGUUCUGACCUGCCACUUCUUCAUGUCUCAAGCACCGCUUGAUCUGAAGGAAAAGAAGUGUCGGGUCAUCUUUACAGUGAGGGAUCCUAAAGAUGUAGCAGUUUCUCUGUACAAGAUUCACUACGAUCGACACCAUCUGAACACUGUGUACCUUGGAACGUUUGAGGACUUCCUGCAGCUGUUCCUUGAACAAAGAGUGAUGAACAACGGUAUGUUUGAUCACCUCAGAGACGCAGAAGCGUAUUUUAGUGACAAUCCUGAUGUACCAGUCCAUUUCCAGGUGUAUGAAGACACGUUAAAGGACCCAGUUGCGGCUGUACAGAAAUUGUCGGACUUUUUAGGACUCCCUAGAAAUGACGAUCUGUGCAAGUCCAUUGCAGAAAAGUGUCACAUGUCCAAGAUGAAGGUGGACAAAGAUGCCUAUGCUGUGAAAGUUGACGGGGAUAGUCUAUUUUUCUGGAAAGGUGUUUCUGGCGAGUGGAGGAACUGGUUCACGAAGGACAUGCUGGAUGAGUACUACCGUGUGUAUGAGGAGAAGAUGGCGGGCUCCAGAUUCUAUGAGCGAUACAGCAGAGCAAAUGACAGUUGAAAAUGUGCUCCAGCCAUGGGCGUACAAAUGGUUAAACAUAAGCGAAAAGACACUUUCAAUAAAUUUAAUGCAUAAAAUACAUCGAGAAGAGUAUUUACAAAUACAAAACCCCUUUUCUUAAACAUAAAUGUUUUUGCAAUAAAUCACGCAAAAGCCUUCGACAUAAUGAAGGAAACCCUUUCCUUAAACAUAAUGGUGUUAACAAUAAAUAAUGCGAAAAUCUUUCCAUUAUCGCAAGGAUAUUUACACAUAAAGUGAUCAAAUCGUUCCCUUAAACGUAUGGGUAUUAACAAUGUAUAACUCGGAAAACCCUCUACAUAACCAAAAGAGUAUUCAUACAUACAAGAGUACCUUAAACAUAAUGGUACUAACAAUAUAAUCAAAAGAUUAUGUAUCCUCCUACGUAAUAUUGCUGGAAUAGUGUUAAAAACGGCGUAAGAACAUACUCACUCACUCACUACUCAGAAUCCGUAUUAUAUAUUUAUUUACUCACCAGUUAUUAACAAACUUACACGUACACGAUCAUGUACACGAAGAGACAGGGCAAUGGAUUUAUCAUUUUAGCCAUUUCUUUUUGCUGAAAUAUAUUUUUUUAACAAUA